CCAAGCCGAGUCUGUGGGGAACCAGAUAUCAACGUCCACCCCCUCAAAUAUACCGUCUUCACAAGCUGCCCAAGGCGAAACAUCUCAACUCUAAACUUCGCGGACAUUCUUCAAGAAGACCACAUCCUUACUGGAAGCCGCAAACUUUGCAUCCGUCACACCUGCAGUCUCUAGACGCCCGCUUGAGGGCGCUGUCAAGAGAGUCCAGAAGUUCGUUUGCUGGGCCGAAUCGUAUUGGUUUACAGCGCUACCUACCAGGGAUGACAACCCUGAAUCAACAAGUGUUUUCUCACAGCUUCCUGGGUAAGAGACCACAGACACAAUCGGUCAGCACGAUACACCCCCAGGCCCCAGAGUCGAUCGAGCCGCCCUCUACAUUACCCUCCAUCACCUUCUCAGACUCUGACGACACAGACACGGUCUCGGUGGAUUUCUGGCCGCCCCCGCCGGACGAAAUGGACUGGCCGGAAGAUAUCGAAGCUUUGGACGGCCAACAACCUAACAAGUCGCAAAAAUCUCCAGAGGAUUCACAAAGAUUCGAGUGGAGUGCGAGCGCCAUAUCUCUGGCAGAAUUCUUGAAGACGGGAGAAACCAUCGAGACGACGAGAUCAUACACUACAAGGCUUUGA